AUGAUUCUAUGGGUGUCAUCCAGCCGUAUAAAGAGCGUUUACAGCGGUCCGCUUUUGGCUACUGUUACUCUGUUGAUCUUCGUUGGAUUGGCGUUAGGAGCAGCCAAUGUGAAGGUGGAGGGUACUGAUGUGGACCUGAAGAAUAACAUCCGACUUGAUCGGCGGUUGAGGACGCUGAUUGCUAAUUCUAACUACAGCCCCGAAGACAGAGGCGUCUCCAGUAUAAAAGAGCUGGCUCAAACAAUUAGUGUGGAUAAACUUGCUAAGAGUAUUAAGACCUUGGUGGCACCUGACAGCCAGACCAAGAUCGCCAAACGCUUUAAUAAGAUCAAGGGUAAAGGCGUGGAGUCCAAUGUGCUCUUGAGCGACAAGUUUGAUGGCUCGGCUAGCUACGUACUCCUCAAGGUACUCAAGGGUGAGCAGGCAGCAGCAGACAAAGCGAUAUUCGCGACGCUGGCAACGCACUAUGGUGAUGCCUUCCUGCCACACCUGUUGGAGGCAAAGCGGAUGGGUAAACACUCGAUAGUCAGUCGGUUGGAAACGAUUCAGCGUAAAAACUGGAUGGGCGAUGGAAAAAGUGUGGACGACGUCUACAGAAUACUAAAACUCGACGAAGAAGGCCAAAAUAUUCUCAAGAGUCCAGCCUUAAGCACGUGGAUGAGCUAUGCAUCGAAGCUGAAGGAAGAUCCGCUCAACAUGCUACUGCUCAAACUACGAGCACAAUACGACGACGCAGUAGUACUAAAAAUGAUUGCGAUGUCAAAGGAUAAAUCCGAUGACGACACGUUUAGGAAACUUGAAGGUGCACUGAUGGGGAAAUGGCGACAAGACGGUAAAACUGCGGACGAUGUGUUCCGGCUGCUGAAGCUGGAUGAGGAAGGUUCAGAUCUUCUAAGAAAUCCGUUGCUAAAAGCUUGGGUGUCUUACGCGGGUGGUCGGCUCAGAGCUGACCCGUAUACGCAUAUGAUUUCAGUUCUCAGACAAAAAAAGUGUCAAUGA